CGAACGUGAAGCCAGCGCGACAGGCAUCGAGGUGUGGGAACGGAGGGCCGGCGCACCAGCGAGGACAAGGGGAACGGAAGCCGAUCGGCUACCGGGAGUAACUGCCCAGCACACUUCCGGCCGGACAGGAAGAUGUCGUCGUAUAAGGCGGCGUACCGGCCGACCACUGGCGGCUGGUCCGAGAACCAGGAUGAGGGCGAGUCGCUUUCAUCGUUCGUGGCACCACUGAUGCUCUUCCUGGUCAUCAUCUUCACCCUCAUGGGCAUGAUCCCCAUGGCCAUGACAACCAAAGACUGGGCCAACAGCCAAGGCACGGAGGGCCAAUGCAUGCUGUACGCCUCGCUGACACAGUACCAGGACAUCGGCGACACGUGGGGCAGCAGCAUCGGCACGUGCUCGUUCGUGGCGUACGGCACGAUCCUGCCGGUGCUGGGUGCCGUGCUGCUGCUCACGCUGUACUACAUCCUGCGUGGGCGGGACACGCCCGCCUCCAGCCGCUGGUGGCGCGUCUUCACCACGGCCGCCCUCCUGCUCGGCGCCUACCACCUGGUCAUCGUGUGCAUGCUGACGGACGGCUACACGCGCACGUGCCUCGCGAUCCUGGGCAACAACGCCAACCUGGACAAGUACCAGUACCGCAAGUGCUCCGACGGCCUCGGCUCGCGCGACUCCAACUACAACCACAACUACCCGACGCAGCAGAUGCUGACCGUCACGCUAGUCGGCUACUGGGUGGCCGAGUUCAGCUGGAUCGGCAUCGUCUGGUCCAUGGUCAUCAACAUGCUGCAUGCCCAGGGUCUCUACUGCCUGUUGUAGGUCGGCGGCGGCGGCAGAUGAUCGGGGUGCGGGGAGAGGGCCCGCCUGCCACAGCGCUAACCGUAUUGGCAGCGCGCGAGGCCGUAUGGGCAAGGACUGGUGUGUCCAUUCUCGACGUGUUCGUCUAUCCGACGACGGACACCUCUCCGCUGUGGAAACCGCGAAUCAAGGGCCCUUUACACUAAAUGCUAAUCAAAUGACGUUCGAAUGAUUCCAUGCGUUCUUUUCAAGUUAUUUCUGUGUACAAAUGUAUGCGCUGUAUGAUGCGAUCGCACAGUCAUGCCGCGUACGCUGAGUUGUAUGGUUUUGUAUUUCUUUAGUGGCGCCGUCUGUAAUUCAUUAUUCGUCUCCGCGUGCACUAAAUUGUUCGCCGCUUGCGAUACGACAUGAUCAGACGACAGGCAAUUCAUGACAAGCAGAACGCAUCGAGCAUCAGUCCGAAUUUGGGCAGCCAUCUUCAUUUUCUUCUCGAAAGUUUGCAUUAUGACACGUGAUCACGCUUGUGUUUCUCGGGGUGCGCCUACUUGCGUGCACGCUGCGAGGCACGGUGCUUUCAAUAGGCGUCCGGAUAGCACACGCGUGAAUUUCUUGCAUAAAAGUGAUUCAUUGUUUA